UUACAACACAUUUAAGCAGAAGACAAGAGAGUAAUAAAUCACUUCUUCUGUCCCUUAUUGAAGGAUUGAAAGCUGCUGCCAGACAAGGACUUUUGUGAUGAGAAAAAACCUUCAAAAAUUCUGAGAAUUUCACUUAAGAAAAAUAUGAUGUUCAUUUCUGUUGAAAAGCUCCACUUGGCAUGUUAUUUAUCACUGGCUGUUGUUCUGCUGAGUCUACCACUGUUGACAGAUUGUGGAAGAGUACGGCUGGUGGGAGGUAAACGUUGUUCUGGUAGAGUGGAGGUCUUCUACAUGUACAGCUGGGGGACAGUAUGUGAUGACCAUUGGGAGAUGAGCAAUGCUGAAGUGUUGUGUCGAGAGCUUAAUUGUGGAGCAGCUUUAGAAGUCAAAAAAGGGGCCUUCUUUGGACGAGGAAGUAACCGCAUUUGGCUGGAUGAUGUACAGUGCUCUGGUAGUGAGUCUUCCAUCUUCAACUGUCAACACAGUAGUCUAGGGAAUCAUGACUGUCACCAUGGAGAAGAUGUUGGUGUUAUCUGCUCAGCAGACAGUGUGCAGCUGGUCAAUGGAAGUAAUCGUUGCAGUGGGAGAGUGGAACUGUACCACAAUAAUCAGUGGAGACGAGUGUGCGAUAGCGGUUGGGGUAAGGAGGAAGCUGAUCUAGCCUGCAGAUUGGCCGGAUGUGGCUCUUCUGUGGAUCAGAGUGAAGUGUUAGAUUUUGGAGAGGCACAUGGGUUGUCUGGAGUCAAAGCCAACUGUUCAGGAAAUGAGCAGUCUCUCUUUGAAUGCAGUCUUCAGGAAUUUCAGAAUUUCAGCUGUGUUGAUGCCACUGUUGUCUGCUCAAAUGCUAAACCAAUUCGAUUGGUCGGUGGGAAUAAUCGAUGCUCGGGUCGAGUGGAGAUGUACGAUAUGGGAGAAUGGGGAACAGUUUGUGAUGACGGAUGGGGGUUUGAAGAUGCGACGGUUGCAUGCCGACAAAUGAAUUGUGGGAAUGCUCUGAGUGCAAAAUCCGGUGCCUUUUUUGGCAGCGGUGGAGGCAGAAUUUUGAUUGAUGACAUUAACUGCAUUGGUAACGAGACAUCCCUUUCUGACUGCCGUCACAGAGGCUUCGGUAUCCAUGACUGUAGGCACAGUGAAGAUGCUGGGGUUAUAUGCACAGAAUCAAUCAGAUUGAAUGGUGGGACUGACCGCUGCUCUGGCAGAUUGGAGGUGUACCGUGGUGGCAGAUGGGGGAAAGUCUGUAACAAUAACUGGCACCAACAUGAAGAAAAGAUGCUGUGUUACGAACUCUCCUGUGGAGCUCCGAUCAAAACACAUGACACACCAAUCUACAGAGAAAACAGUGGACAAAGGAGUUAUUUGAGUAACUGCUCUGUGAAUGUGAACUCAAUCGCAAACUGUACAUUUACAGAAAACCCACAGAGGUGUGAGGGUGUUUCUCUGUCCUGUAAAGGUACUCCAUUUAGGAUUGUGAACGGCACUGAUCGAUGCUCUGGCAGAGUGGAGGUUGUGCACAACGGUGAGUGGGGAACAGUGACUGAUGAAUGGUGGGACAUCUUGGAUGCCGACGUCCUGUGCAGAGAAAUGGACUGUGGGAUGGCUUUAGCAGCAAAAUCUGGAGCCUUCUUUGGUGAAGGUCAGGGACGUAUCUGGUUGAAUAGGAUCAACUGUUUGGGUAAUGAGUCUUCCAUUGUGAACUGUGAGCAUUCAUCAUUUGGAUCAAGUGGCUAUGGUCAUAACAGAGAUGCUGGUGUGGUGUGUUCAGCUUCCAUCAGACUGGUCAAUGGGACAGACCGGUGUUCAGGCAGGGUGGAGGUCUACCAUGAUGACCAGUGGUUACCAGCCCUUAACUUUAACUGGGGAAUGAAUGAAGCAACAGUGGUUUGCAGAGAGACGAAUUGUGGAAAUGCUGCACAGUUUUCAGGAUCAUCUUCUCAGUUUGAAGAACUGAGAGGAUAUAAAGUCAGUUGCUCCGGUACAGAGAGCUCUCUGACACAGUGCACACUGACAGAAUAUGCCAGGACCAGCAGUGAUCAUAUGAACGAUGCAUCUGUUGUUUGUUCAGGUAUUGUUAAAUUGGCUGGUGGGCCUAACCGCUGUGUUGGAAGAGUGGAGCUCUAUGACAAAGGCCAGUGGGGGGCAGUGUGUGGUGACUCCUGGGACAUGUUUGAUGCAGCAGUGGUGUGUCGACAGCUGAACUGUGGGAUGGCUCACAAAAUCUCCACCAUGCCCAAAUAUGGUCAUGGCACAGGACCGGUCUGGGCUGAUCAGAUUGACUGCCGUGGACAGGAGUCCAUACUGUCUCUUUGCCCACGAAGUUCAUUUACCAACAACACUUGCAACAUCAACUCAGUUGCUGGUGUCACCUGUACAGAGGGUUUGACAGUCCGAUUAGUCAAUGGUAACAAUCGCUGCGCUGGCAGAGUAGAGGUUUUCAGUGGUGGAGUGUGGGGAACAGUAUGUGACACAGAUUGGACCAGGACUAAAGCGAAGGUGGUGUGUGAGCUGUUGGAGUGUGGAAGGUCUGCGAAGGUUCCUGAGGGUGCUGAGUUUCUUCAAGGCACUGGACCAGUGAUGGAAGCAACUGAUUCAUGUUUUACCAAUGUGGCAUCUCUUGAACAAUGCUCAGUCAGAGGUUUCAGAAAUUCAACAUGUGGACAUGAAAAGGACGCUGGUGUUGUUUGUGCAGGUGAUCCAACCUUACGACUGGUCAAUGGUACUGACCGAUGUUCAGGCAGAGUGGAGGUUCUGUAUAAUGGUCUGUGGGGAACAGUGUGUGAUGAUGGCUGGGACAUCAAAGAUGUAGAUGUGGUCUGCAGAGCCAAGAACUGUGGAACUGCUCACAGAGCCAAGUCCAGUGCCUUCUUCGGUGAAGGUCAGGGACCCAUUUGGCUGGAUGAUGUUGACUGUUUUGGUAAUGAGUCCUCCCUUUCACACUGUGGACGCAUCUUGUUUGGACGAAGUAACUGUGGCCAUAGUGAGGAUGCUGGUGUGGUGUGUUCAGCUUCCAUCAGACUGGUCAAUGGGACAGACCGGUGUUCAGGCAGGGUGGAGGUCUACCAUGAUGACCAGUGGUUACCAGCCCUUAACUUUAACUGGGGAAUGAAUGAAGCAACAGUGGUUUGCAGAGAGAUGAACUGUGGAGAUGCUGCACAGUUUUCAGGAUCAUCUUCUCAGGUUGAAGAACUGAGAGGAUAUAAAGUCAGUUGCACCGGUACAGAGAGCUCCCUGACACAGUGCACACUGACAGAAUAUGUCAGAACAAGCAGUGAUCAUAUGAACGAUGCAUCUGUGGUUUGUUCAGGUACUCUUAAAUUGAGUGGUGGGCCCAACCGCUGUGUUGGAAGAGUGGAGUUGUUUGAGAAUGGACGGUGGGGGACAACAUGUGGCGAUUCCUUGAACAUGAAUAAUGCAGCAGUGUUGUGUCGACAUCUGAAUUGUGGGAUGCUGCAUAAAAUCACCCCUACCCCUCUCUAUGGUACUGGGACAGGACAGGUCUGGACUGAGGAUUAUGUAUGUAAUGGAUGGGAGUUAACAAUGUCACAGUGUGCAGUAAGACCAUCUAGAGCCAGGACUUGUAACAUGAACUCAGUUGCUGGUGUCGUCUGCAAAGAUGGUUUGACAGUCCGAUUGGUCAAUGGGAAUGAUCAGUGCUCAGGCAGAGUUGAGGUUCGUAAUGGUGAAGUGUGGGGAACAGUGUGUGACACAGACUGGACCAUGAAUAAAGCUCAAGUGGUGUGUGAGCUGUUGGACUGUGGACGUGCUUUCAGUGUUCCUGGUGGUGCCCACUUUCAUCAAGGCACUGGACCAGUGAUGGAAGCAACUGAUUCAUGUUUUACUAAUACCACAUCCCUUGACAAAUGCUCAGCUAACGGUUUCAGAACUUCAACAUGUGGACAUGAGAAGGAUGCUGGUGUUAUUUGUGCAGCACCGAUUCGGUUGGUCAAUGGCGCCAGUGAAUGCUCUGGUAGAGUGGAGAUCUUUCAUAAAGGUCAAUGGGGAACUGUGUGUGAUGAUGACUGGGGUACUCCUGAUGCCAUGGUGGUAUGCAGACAGCUGGGAUGUGGUCCUGCAAUUAGUGUACAUUCUAGUUCCCGCUUUGGGAGUGGCAGUGGUCCAAUAUGGCUGGAUGAUGUGAUGUGUGGAGGUGAAGAACCAGUUGUAACACAUUGUCGCCACAAUGGUUUUGGAAAAAAUAACUGUGGGCAUGAUGAGGAUGCAGGUGUUACCUGUGUUGGUCGUCUUCAUAAGCCCCGAAUCACUCUGAGUCCUGCUUCAGAGGUAAACUGGGGAGACAGAGUUGAAAUCACCUGCACUAUAGCAACAGCACAAUCAGGUGGGACGUUUGUGUUGGGGAAAAGUCAAGAUUCAUUUCAACUGGAGAGGAACGCUGAAAAUGGAGCUGCAACAUUUCACCUCCCUAAAGUUGACUUCAGUCAGGCUGGGUCAUACUUCUGUGAAUAUAAGAAGCAAAUGCAUAAUCAAGUGGUUAAUUUUCCUCAAGGGGAUGUUGUGAAGCUCUCUGUUACUGUAAAACUGGAGAAGCCCAGCAUUUCCCUGACGAUGCCUCAUGCAAAGAUAAUUAACAGCCCUGACAAAAAAUCGGUCAACAAAGGCGAGCGCCUCUCCAUCAGUUGUUCUAUUGAUUCCAUAUAUCCUGGAGGUUACUUCUAUCUGAAAAGGUCUAACAUCAGCACCACUGAAGCUAAACCAGCGUUUGGUCAUGGUUCAUUUUAUGUUGCAUCCUUUGAAUUCCCCUCAGUGGACCAUGAACACCAAGGAGAGUACAGUUGUGUCUAUAGUGUUAAUUUGUCAUCCAAGGCCUUCACGUCUGUUCCAUCAAAAACAAUCCAAGUCACUGUUGUUGGUGGUGUGUCCUCUUCAGCUGUUUCUGGAGUACUGAUUGCCAUUGUGGUGUUGAUACUUCUGCUGGUUAUCGGUUACGUGGUCUGGAGAAAGAGAAGGAGUACUGAUACCACUGUUAGGUUUACCAGCAGAUUUGGAGGAGCAAUAGAACAACAUAUGGGAUACAAUGACAAAGACCACAAUACUCAAAACAAUGAGCAGCAUGGAGUCAGUCAAGAACUGGAUGACAAGAAUCCUAAUUUUGACUCAGAAAGUGUUGAGAAAAUCCCAGAAGACCUGACUGGGAAACUGUGUUAUGAUCAUGAGCCACUUGUCUUCUCUUGAUGCUGAACAAACUCAAGAAAUAACGUCCCUUCACCAUCAGAGGAACCCAGUGAGGCCUAAAGGCCGUGUAUCACUGACCUCUCUUGUCGACAGGUUCAAGUCUGCUGUACAUGUAACCACACCUGACAGGGAUCUGUACAAAUGACCCACAGACAGACAUGUUUAUUGGUAUUUUUAGAGCAUUUAUUCUGAAAUGUAUCGGAUUAGACCCUCUUUAUGAAUAUAUACAAAAGCAACUUUUAACAUGAUUUGUUUAUUCGCUUUGAUUUUUUAUUUUUCUUGCAAAUCCUGGUGAUCACAACUAUUUCAUAAAUGUAUCUGGCUGUGCAGAUUGUCUUUCUAUUCAAGAUGAUUUGUCCAUGAUUAAUAAAUGUGUCACACUUUUUCA